AUGGAGCCGCACGUGCUAGGCGCGGGCCUGUACUGGCUGCUGCUGCCCUCUGCGCUCCUGGCCGCCUGCCUGGCCCGCUUCAACGCGCUGUCCCUGGUCUACCUGCUUUUUCUGCUGUUGCUGCCCUGGAUCCCAGGCCCGUCUCCACGAAGCCUCAGAGGUCACACUGGUCGAUACCUCCGGGCUCUUUUGAGCUUCAGCAUCCUUUUCCUGAUAGCCCACCUGGCCUUCCAAGUUGGCCUGCAUGCCACACCUCACCUGGAUGAGCUGCUGGGGCCCAGUUGCACCUUCUGGGAGAGUCUUUCACGACAUGUGGGGAUCACCAGGCUAGACCUGAAGGACAUCCCUGAUGCUGUUCGGCUGGUGGCCCCUGACCUUGGUGUCCUGGUGGUGUCAGCCGUGUGCCUGGGCCUAUGUGAACGCUUCUUGAGGACAGUCCAGAGGGGGCUACACCCCUGGGAGCUGGAUGGCGAGAGAGAAGCAGAUGCCAGCCCAGUGGCAGAACAGAGGGGGUCCCCUUCACAUGCCCCAAAGAAGUCCCGCCUGGUUGCCCGGUUCCGUGUCACGGCACACUGGGUGCUGGUGGCUGCCGCCCGCACUCUGGCCAUCCUGCUGCUGGCCCUAGCAGGCAUUGUGCAUCCCUCGGCCCUCUCCAGCGUCUAUUUCCUCGUCUUCCUGGGCCUGUGCUCCUGGUGGGCCUGUCAUUUCCCACUGGGCACCCGAGGCCUCAGCACACUGGGCAUUGUGCUGGGUUGCUUCAGCUCUGGCCAUCUCAUCUGCCUCUACCUCUACCAGACGCCAUUUGCACAGCAGCUGCUGCCUCCCACUGGCAUCUGGGCCAGGGUGUUCGGGCUCAAGGACUUCGUCCUGCCCCCCAACUGCUCCAGCCCCAAUGCCCUGGUCCUCAACACGUACCACCCGUGGCCCGUCUAUGUGAGCCCAGGUGUCUUGCUGCUGCUGUGCUAUGCUCUGGCUGCGCUGCCUAAGCUGCGCCCGCCACCCCGCCAGUGGAAGGAACGGAAGAGUGAACAGGAGCCUGAGGUGGAGCUGACGGAGGUGGGCCAGCCAAGAGCUGCCACAGACAAUGAGGACAGUGCUGCCGAGGCCACCACGCCUUUGGGCUCUGAAGCUGACAACUGCAUUGUGCAUGACCUGACUGGACAUGGCCCUGAGCAUCCCAGUCCCUUGCGCACCAGGCAGGUUGAGCCUCGAGAAACGUCUCUCCAUGGUCUUGGCCACCUCAUCUUGGACCAGAGCUAUGUGUGCGCCCUCAUCGCCAUGAUGGUGUGGAGCAUUACCUACCACAGCUGGCUGACCUUUGUGCUGCUCCUCUGGGCCUGCAUCAUCUGGACCGUGCGCAGUCGUCACCAGCUGGCCAUGAUCUGCUCGCCCUUCAUCCUGCUCUAUGGGCUGGCGCUGUGCGGGCUGCGCUACGUGUGGGCCCUCGACCUACAGCCGGAGCUGCCCACCCAGCUGGGCCCCGUCAGCCUGCGCCAGCUGGGGCUGGAGCACACGCACUACCCUUGCCUGGACCUGGGCGCCAUGCUGCUGUACAUGCUGACCUUUUGGCUGCUGCUGCGCCAGUUCGUGAAGGAGAAGCUGCUGCGACGGGCAAGGCCUCCCGCCACACUCAGGGAAGUGAGAGUGGCCCAGCCAGAGGCUCAGCGCACACUGCUGCGCAGUCUUGGGGCACUGGUGAGCGGUGCCUAUGCCCUUUACUGGAUCUACGUCUGCGCUGGUAUGUUCGUGGUGGUCAGCUUCGCCGGCCGCCUGGUCGUCUACAAGAUAGUCUACAUGUUCCUCUUCCUGCUGUGCCUCACCCUUUUCCAGGUCUAUUAUAGUCUGUGGCGUAAGCUGCUCAAGGCCUUCUGGUGGCUGGUGGUGGCCUACACCAUGCUGGUUCUCAUUGCCGUCUACACCUUCCAGUUCCAAGACUUCCCUGCCUAUUGGCGCAACUUCACAGGCUUCACAGACGAGCAGCUGGGGGACCUGGGCUUGGAGCAGUUCAGCGUCUCCGAGCUGUUCUCCAGCAUCCUCAUCCCCGGCUUCUUCCUACUGGCCUGCAUCCUGCAGCUGCACUACUUUCACCGGCCCUUCAUGCAGCUCACUGACCUACAGCAGGCUUCCCCACCCUCGCCCCGUGCCCGCCUGCCACGCUGGGCUCACAGGCAGGAUGGGGUAAGCGAGACGCCGCUGCUACAGCAGGAGGAGGAGGAGGAGCCUGCCCAGGUCGAGGGGCUGAGCACAGAAGGGUCAGCACAGACCAUGCAGGUGACGGAAGCCAACAAGUGGGGGCUCGUGGCCGACCGCCUGCUAGACCUGGCUAAUCGCUUCUUGGCUGUGCGUCAGCGUGUCCAGGGCUUCCUGUGGCGACUGCUGGAGCUGCACGUCUUUAAGCUAGUGGCUCUGUACACCAUGUGGGUGGCCCUGAAGGAGGUGUCGGUCAUGAACCUGCUGUUGGUGGUGCUGUGGGCCUUCGCGCUGCCCUACUCCAGCUUCCGGCCCAUGGCUUCCUGCCUGGCCACUGUGUGGACCUGCAUCGUCAUCGUGUGCAAGAUGCUGUAUCAGCUCCGGGUGGUCAACCCCCAUGAGUACUCCAAAAACUGCUCCGAGGCCUCCCUCCAUAGCCCCAACCUGCAGGAGAAAGAGGUCAACAAGUCCAUACUCUACCAGGGGCCUGUGGACCCUGCCAACUGGUUUGGGGUGCGAAAAGGCUUCCCCAAUUUGGGCUAUAUACAGAACCACCUGCAGAUUCUGGUGUUGCUGGUGUUCGAGGCCAUUGUGUACCGGCGCCAGGAACACCAUCGACGGCAGUACCAGCUGGCCCCGCUGCCUGCCCAGGCAGUGUGCGCUGAUGGCACACUCCAGCAUAUAGACCGGGAUCUGCUUAGCUGCCUCAAGUACUUCGUCAACUUCUUCUUCUACAAAUUUGGGCUGGAGAUCUGCUUCCUGAUGGCCGUGAAUGUGAUUGGACAGCGCAUGAACUUCAUGGUCAUCCUGCAUGGCUGCUGGCUGGUGGCCAUCCUCACCCGCCGGCGCCGUGGGGCCAUUGCCCGCCUCUGGCCCAACUAUUGCCUCUUCCUGACACUCUUCCUGCUGUACCAGUACCUGCUGUGCCUGGGCAUACCCCCUGUCUUGUGCAUCGAUUACCCAUGGCGCUGGAGCCGGGCUGUCCCCAUGAGCUCCGCCCUCAUCAAGUGGCUGUAUCUGCCUGACUUCUUCCAGGUCCCCAACUCCACCAACCUCAUCAGCGACUUCCUCCUUCUGUUGUGCGCAUCUCAGCAAUGGCAGGUCUUCUCGGCCGAGCGCACAGAGGAGUGGCAGCGGGCAGCUGGUCCUAACACCGACGACCUGGAGCCACUGCAGGGCGAGCCCAACCCUGUCCCCAAUUUUAUACAUUGCAGGUCCUACCUGGACAUGCUGAAGGUGGCCGUGUUCCGCUACCUCUUUUGGCUGGUGCUGGUGCUAGUGUUCAUCACAGGCGCCUCCCGCAUCAGCGUCUUCGGGCUGGGCUACCUGCUGGCCUGCUUCUAUCUGCUUCUCUUCGGCACCUGGCUGCUGCAGAAGGACACACGUACCUGCCUGGUGCUGUGGGACUGCCUCAUUCUCUACAAUGUCACCGUCAUCAUCUCCAAGAACAUGCUCUCACUUUUGGCCUGCGUUUUCGUGGAACAAAUGCAGAACAACUUCUGCUGGGUCAUCCAGCUCUUCAGCCUGGUGUGCACUGUCAAGGGUUACUAUGAUCCUAAGGCGAUGGUAGGUCGGGACCAGGACUGCCUGCUGCCUGUGGAGGAGGCAGGCGUGCUGUGGGACAGCGUGUGUUUCGUGUCUCUGCUGCUGCAACGCCGUGUCUUUCUCAGCCGUUACUUCCUGCACGUCAGGGCUGAGCUGAAGGCCAGUGCCCAGCUAGCCUCCAGGGGCUUCGCCCUCUACAAUGCUGCCAACCUCAAAAGCAUCGACCUGCACCGAAAGGCCGAGGAGAAGUCCUUGGCUCAGCUGAAGAGACAGAUGAAGCGUAUCCGGGCCAAGCAGGAGAAACACAGGCAGGGCCCCCCUCGGGGCCCCCAGGAGCCCAACCAGGAACUUGGCUCCGAUGGUCCUGGGGACACCUCCCCACCUCAGAGGCAGUGGUGGCGGCCCUGGCUAGAUCAUGCCACAGUUGUCCACUCUGGGGACUACUUCCUGUUUGACUCUGACAGCGAGGAAGAGGAAGACACACCGCCUGAGGACCCCAGGCCUGCCACGCCGAGUGCCUUCCAGAUGGCGUACCAGGCAUGGGUGACCAAUGCCCAGACAGUGCUGCAGCAGCGGCAGGAGCAGGAGCAGGAACAGGAGCUAGAGCAGGCUGGGCAGCUGCCCACAGGUGAGUUGGCCAUGGGGGUCUGGAGGGGGUUCGGAGUGUUGGUUCUGAGCUUUGUUGUGCCAACAGGUCGCCCCAGCCAAGAAGAGGAGCCUGAGUUGGCGCAAGUAGCAGGACGCAGCCAUGUGGUGCAGCGAAUGCUAAGCACUAUGCAGUUCCUUUGGGUGCUGGGCCAGGCUUUGUUGGACGGGCUCACGCGCUGGCUGCUGACCUUCACCUGCCACCACCGCGCUAUGAGCGAUGUAUUGCGAACAGAGCGCUAUGUGCUAGCUAAGGGGCAGUUUCAGGGCGAGGAAGUCCUGGACCGGCUAUAUGGGAGCACAGCGGGCAUUGCGGAGUCCCGAGAGGCACCCAGUACCACGUCCAGCCCACUGAGCACUGGCUACAACACGCGCAGCAGCAGUGAGGAGGUGGUCCACGGACCUGCCCAACCCAGCACCCCAGCCCGCACACGCACUGCCAGUGAACUGCUCCUGGACAGGCGUCUACACUUCCCAGAGCUGGAAGAGGCUGAGCAGUUCUUGGAGGGGCAGGGCCGGUUGCUGCGGCUGCUGCAUGCCAUAUACCAGUGUGUGGCUGCCCACUCGGAGCUGCUCUGCUACUUCAUCAUCAUCCUCAACCACAUGGUCACAGCCUCGGCUCUGUCUCUGCUGCUGCCGGUGCUCGUCUUCCUCUGGGCAAUGCUGUCCAUCCCACGACCCAGCAAGCGUUUCUGGAUGACAGCCAUUGUCUUCACCGAGGUCACUGUGGUCACCAAGUACCUGUUCCAGUUUGGCUUCUUCCCCUGGAACAGCUACACGGUGCUCCGGCGGUACGACAAUAAGCCCUAUUUCCCGCCACGCAUCUUGGGGCUAGAGAAGAUGGAUGGUUACAUCAAGUAUGACCUGGUGCAGCUCAUGGCUCUGUUCUUCCACCGCUCCCAGCUACUGUGCUAUGGCCUCUGGGACUAUAAGGAUCCACCUACCAAGGAAGGUGACAAGGACAGUGGAGACAAGGAAUCUGUGCCCGAAAUGGGGGCCCUCCUGGGGUCCCAGGAGGAGCCAGAAGAGUCUGAGGGCCCCACUGAGGACAGCAUCAAGGAAGAAACCUGGGAUGAUUCUGUGGGCGAGUCUCCCAAUGAGCCUGAGGUCCAGGAUGUGGAACUGCGUGUCAGGAGGCGAGCUGGGCGAUCGAAGCACCUCGACCCUGAUGCCACAGGUACAAACACCCUGUUCCCUCAGCUGCUAAAGUCCCAGGGGGCUGUGGCCCUCCACUUUGUCAUAGACUUGCAGGCUGAGGAAGAGGGACCCCAGGCUUCGAGAGCAGAGAAGCAGCGGCUGCGCCCCCAGGACUGCAUCCAGAUGGCUGGGGUCUGGCUGAAGCACUUUUGCCUGUCGCUGACUCAGGGCGUGUACCUGCCUCUGCGGCACUUCUUCCAGGACAUUCUGCACACCAAGUACCGUGCAGCCACCGACGUCUAUGCACUCAUGUUCCUGGCUGAUGUGGUGGACUUCAUCAUCAUCAUCUUUGGCUUCUGGGCCUUUGGGAAACACUCGGCGGCUACAGAUAUCACGUCGUCGCUGUCAGAUGACCAGGUGCCUGAGGCCUUUCUGGUCAUGUUGCUCAUCCAAUUUGGCACCAUGGUGGUGGACCGGGCGCUCUACCUGCGCAAGACGGUGCUGGGCAAGCUGGCGUUCCAGGUGGUGCUGGUUUUGGCCAUCCACCUGUGGAUGUUCUUCAUCUUGCCUGCUGUCACUGAGAGAAUGUUCAGCCAGAACGCGGUGGCCCAGCUCUGGUACUUCGUCAAGUGCAUCUAUUUUGCCCUGUCAGCCUACCAGAUCCGCUGUGGCUACCCCACUCGCAUCCUUGGCAACUUCCUCACCAAGAAAUACAACUAUCUGAACCUCUUCCUCUUCCAGGGCUUCCGGCUGGUGCCCUUCCUGGUGGAGCUGCGGGCUGUGAUGGACUGGGUAUGGACGGACACGACAUUGUCGCUGCCCAGCUGGAUGUGUGUGGAGGAUAUCUAUGCCAACAUCUUCAUCAUAAAGUGCAGCCGCGAGACAGAGAAGAAAUACCCGCAGCCCAAAGGACAGAAGAAGAAGAAGAUCGUCAAGUACGGCAUGGGUGGCCUCAUCAUCGCCUUCCUGGUGGCCAUCAUCUGGUUCCCUCUCCUCUUCAUGUCCUUGGUGCGCUCCGUGGUGGGUGUGGUUAACCAACCCAUUGACGUUACUGUCACCCUCAAGCUGGGGGGCUAUGAGCCACUGUUUACUAUGAGCGCCCAGCAGCCGUCCAUCACACCCUUCACCCAGCAGGACUACGAUGAGCUGUCCCGCCAGUUUGACCCCCACCCGCUGGCCAUGCAGUUCAUCAGCCAGUACAGCCCAGAGGACAUUGUCACCGCAUCCAUAGAGGGCAGCUCUGGGGCCUUGUGGCGAAUCAGUCCCCCAAGCCGAGCCCAGAUGAAGCGCGAGCUGGACAACGGGACGGCAGACAUCACUCUGCGCUUCACUUGGAACUUCCAGAGGGACCUAGCCAAAGGCGGCUCGGUCGAGUACACCAAUGAGAAGCACACGUUGGACCUGGCUCCCAACAGCACUGAGCGGAGGCAGCUGGCCAGUCUGCUUGAGGGGACCUCGGACCAGUCUGUGGUCAUCCCGAACCUCUUUCCCAAGUAUAUCCGUGCCCCCAAUGGGCCUGAAGCCAACCCCGUGAAGCAGCUGCAGCCCAAUGAGGAAGCUGACUACCUGGGCGUUCGCAUCCAGCUGCGGAGGGAGCGUGUGGGUGCAGGGGCUGCUGGUUUUCUCGAGUGGUGGGUCAUCGAGCUGCAGGACUGCCGGGCACAGUGCAACCUGCUGCCCAUGGUCAUCUUUAGUGACAAGGUCAGCCCACCCAGCCUUGGCUUUCUGGCGGGCUACGGGAUCAUGGGACUGUACGUGUCCAUCGUGCUGGUCAUUGGCAAGCUGGUACGCGGCUUCUUCAGUGAGAUCUCGCACUCUAUCAUGUUCGAAGAACUGCCCUGUGUGGACCGCAUCCUCAAGCUGUGCCAGGACAUCUUCUUGGUGCGCGAGACACGGGAAUUGGAACUAGAGGAGGAACUGUAUGCCAAGCUCAUCUUCCUGUACCGCUCACCAGAGACUAUGAUCAAGUGGACCCGCGAAAGGGACUAGAGAGCCCCACUGGACAGAAGAGGCCAUAUGCUGCUUGGGAGCCCUCCAGGGCAGGAGGGGGCCCCUGCUGCACACACACACUGCCAGGUUUUCUAAUUAAAGACUUUAUUUAUAAAAUAGGCCCA